AUGGAAGAGGUUGGGAUCAACGUUUCACAACAAGCAUAUCCCACCAUACACCAUUUCCAAUUGGUAUUAGCUUCAGCUAAGACAACUUUCUUAUCAAUGAAGACUGGUUUAGUAAGAGAAGAUGGUAAGGAAAAUGGAGGGAAAGUUUAUGUUGGGAUGGAUAGUUCAGGGACUGGUGUUGAGGGGGGAGAUAAUAGACGUGCAAGUGAGAUUGCUGAUCGUCAGAGAGAAGAGGAGGAAAGGAAGAGGAGAGAAUAUGAAGAGACUGAAUCGAUGUUUGAUGCUUGGUUACCGAAGCAUUAUGAGAGAUCAGAUCGGAAAACAGAGGAGAUGUCUGAAAGGCAUCAGAAGGAUCCAAAGUAUGGCAUUGCAACUGAGAGUGACUCCGAAGAAGAUUCUGCAGCAGGGUAUGAGUAUCAUGUGGAAGAGGUAAACACCAGUGAAGAAGGAUCUGAUGUUGUUGAGGACAGACUAAGGAUGGAGAAGUAUCUUGAUUGGAAGUUGCGAAGGAGGUUUGAGUUUGAGCUGGCCAAUCCAAAGAUAUUUGCCAGAACCAUUCAGGAGGGAGAACCCAAGGUUGAAGAGGAGAAGCUUGUUUUGAUACAUCCCCGAACUGCUCAAGUAGAAGAUUCCAGUGACUCCGAUGAGAAUCUCCCUGAUGCCUCCAAUGACGAUGAAGAAGAAGAAGAUGAAAGUGAUGAGGAGGACUCGUCUUCUGGAAAUAGUGAUACUUCUCCGCUUCAUCAGGAAGCAGUUGCAGUAAACGUUAUGCGGAGGACGAGGACUGGAGCUACGAUGAAGAGGAUUGGUAAGGUUCUCUUCUGGAGUGUCGAAAACAGCCAAAUUUUCAGACUUUGA